GACCCACUCAAGUACAUCAAGCAGCUUCAGGAGAGGGUGAACGAGCUGCACGAGAAAGCCAAGAGGACGUUGGUGGAGUCCAUCAUCUUCGUGAAGAAGUCCCAGGUGGAGAUUGAUGAGGAGUUCGUGAGUCGGAUUGGUGAUGAUAAUUUGAUCCCGGAAGUGGAAGCGAGAGGCUUAGAUGAGAACUCGCCGAUCAGGAUUCACUGCGAGAAACAUCACGGUCUGCUAGCCAGAGUUGUUAGGGAAGUAGAGAAACUUCACCUGACUGUGUUGGCCAUCAAUGUCGUGCCUUUCGGGAGAUGUUCCUUGGAUGUAACGCUUGUGACCAAGGUAUGA